AUGUCUGCUGAUGAAUCUAUGGCUGAUCCAUAUCAAUACGAUAGUAUAGAUGAACCUAUUACUCAAGAAGAUUGUUGGACGGUUAUUACUUCAUUUUUUCAAGAAAAAGGAUUGGUAUCUCAACAACUUGAUUCAUUUGAUGAAUUUGUUGAAACCAGUAUUCAAGAAUUAGUGUGGGAAGAUUCUCAUUUAAUUUUAGAUCAACCAGCUCAACAUACUUCUGAAAAAGAUCAUGAAAAUAAACGUUAUGAAAUUACAUUUGGGAAAAUUUAUAUUUCUAAACCAUCACAAACUGAAGGUGAUGGUUCGACUCAUGCAGUUUUCCCUCAAGAAGCUAGACUUCGUAAUUUGACAUAUUCUUCACCAUUAUAUGUUGAUAUGACUAGUAAAGUUUUCAAAUCUGAUGAUAAUAAACGGAAAGAUAAUGAAUUAGAAUGGAUUCAAGAAGAACCCGAUAAAGAUACUGAAACUAAAGUUUUCUUGGGUAAAGUUCCUAUCAUGUUGAGAUCAAAGUUUUGUAUGUUAAGAGAUUUGGCUGAACAUGAGUUUUAUGAAUUGAAAGAAUGUCCUUAUGAUAUGGGUGGAUAUUUUGUCAUUAAUGGGUCAGAAAAAGUUUUAAUUGCUCAAGAAAGAAGUGCAGCCAAUAUUGUUCAAGUAUUUAAAAAAGCUGCCCCAUCACCUAUAUCUCAUGUUGCUGAAAUCAGAUCAGCUAUUGAAAAGGGAUCCAGAUUAAUUUCUUCAAUGCAAAUUAAAUUAUACGGUAGAGAUGAAAAGGGAGUUUCUGGAAGAACCAUUAAAGCAACUUUACCAUAUAUUAAAGAAGAUAUUCCUAUUGUGAUUGUAUUUAGAGCUUUAGGGGUUGUUCCUGAUGGGGAUAUUUUGGAACAUAUAUGUUAUGAUGCCAAUGAUUGGCAAAUGUUGGAAAUGUUGAAGCCUUGUGUUGAAGAAGGGUUUGUUAUUCAAGAACGUGAGGUUGCCCUUGAUUUUAUUGGUAGAAGAGGGGUAUUGGGUAUUAGAAGAGAAAAACGUAUUCAAUAUGCCAAGGAUAUUCUUCAAAAGGAAUUAUUACCAAACAUCACUCAAGAAGAAGGAUUUGAAACUAGAAAGGCGUUCUUUUUAGGUUAUAUGGUGAAUAGAUUGUUAUUAUGUGCCUUGGAAAGAAAAGAACCUGAUGAUAGAGAUCAUUUUGGUAAAAAAAGAUUGGAUUUGGCAGGUCCCUUAUUGGCAAACUUGUUCCGUAUUUUAUUCAAAAAAUUGACUAAAGAUAUCUAUAAUUAUAUGCAAAGAUGUGUUGAAAAUGGUGGAGACUUUAAUGUCACUUUGGCAGUCAAAUCACAGACAAUCACUGAUGGGUUAAGAUACUCGUUGGCUACUGGUAACUGGGGUGAACAAAGAAAAGCCAUGAGUUCUAGAGCUGGUGUUUCCCAAGUUUUAAAUCGUUAUACAUACUCAUCUACUUUGUCGCAUUUAAGAAGAACAAAUACUCCAAUUGGAAGAGAUGGUAAGAUUGCCAAACCAAGACAGUUGCACAAUACCCAUUGGGGGUUGGUGUGUCCCGCAGAAACUCCAGAAGGUCAAGCGUGUGGGUUAGUCAAGAACUUGUCAUUAAUGACAUGUAUUUCUGUUGGUACUCCUUCAGAACCAAUUUUAGGGUUUUUAAGAGAUUAUGGUUUGGAAGUGUUGGAAGAUUAUGUUCCUUCAAAUGCUCCUGAUUCAACUAGAGUGUUUGUCAAUGGUGUUUGGGUCGGUGUUCAUAGAGAUCCAGCAGCAUUAGUUGAUUUCAUGCGUGAAUUAAGAAGAAGUGGUGAUUUGUCUCCAGAAGUAUCAAUCAUUAGAGAUAUUAGAGAAAAAGAAUUCAAAAUCUUCACUGAUGCUGGUCGUGUUUACCGUCCACUUUUCAUUGUUGACGAUAAUCCAGAGUCUGAAACCAAAGGGGAAUUGAAGAUCACCAAAGAACACAUUAAACAAUUGUUGAGAUCAGAUGAAUUGGAUGAAGAUGAUGAAGAUUAUGACAAUACAAGAUACACUUGGUCUUCUUUAGUUGCCGAUGGUAUUGUUGAAUAUGUGGAUGCAGAAGAAGAAGAAACGAUAAUGAUUGCUAUGACACCAGAUGAUGUAAAGGCUUCUAAAGAUAGUGUAUCAGAAUCUGAACAACAAAAAAUACAAUUGGAAGAACAAGAACUCGACCCAGGUAAAAGAAUUAAACCAACUACUAGUGGUAGCACUCACACAUACACCCAUUGUGAAAUUCACCCAUCCAUGAUAUUGGGUGUUGCUGCUUCAAUUAUUCCGUUCCCAGAUCAUAAUCAAUCGCCACGUAAUACUUAUCAAUCUGCGAUGGGUAAGCAAGCCAUGGGGGUGUUUUUGACCAAUUAUUCUGUAAGAAUGGACACCAUGGCAAAUAUCUUGUAUUAUCCACAGAAACCAUUAGGUACGACAAGAUCAAUGGAGUAUUUGAAGUUCCGUGAACUUCCAGCUGGUCAAAAUGCUAUUGUUGCCAUUGCAUGUUAUUCCGGUUACAAUCAAGAAGAUUCCAUGAUUAUGAACCAAUCAUCCAUUGAUAGAGGGUUGUUCAGAUCGUUGUUUUUCCGAUCUUAUAUGGAUAUAGAGAAAAGACAAGGUAUGAAGGCACUUGAAACUUUUGAAAAACCUACUAGAUCUGACACUUUGAGGUUGAAACAUGGUACAUAUGAGAAAUUAGACGAAGAUGGGUUAAUUGCUCCUGGAGUGAGAGUCAGUGGUGAAGAUAUAAUUAUUGGUAAGACCACUCCUAUACCGGCCGAUGCUGAAGAGUUGGGUCAAAGAACACAAUAUCAUACCAAGAGAGAUGCUUCCACACCAUUAAGAAGUACAGAAUCUGGUAUUGUUGAUCAAGUCUUAUUGACUACCAAUGGUGAUGGGGCUAAAUUUGUAAAAGUAAGAAUGAGAACAACUAAAGUUCCACAAAUUGGGGAUAAGUUUGCCUCGAGACACGGUCAAAAAGGUACUAUUGGUGUGACAUAUAGACAUGAAGAUAUGCCUUUUACAGCCGAAGGUAUUGUUCCAGAUUUAAUUAUCAACCCUCAUGCUAUUCCAUCUCGUAUGACGGUUGCACAUUUGAUUGAAUGUUUAUUGUCAAAAGUGUCGUCAUUAUCUGGUUUCGAAGGGGAUGCUUCACCAUUUACUGAUGUUACAACCGAACAGAUUUCUACAUUGUUAAGAGAUCACGGAUACCAAUCUAGAGGAUUUGAAGUUAUGUAUAAUGGUCACACAGGUAAAAAAUUGAUGGCUCAAGUGUUCUUUGGACCUACUUAUUAUCAAAGAUUGAGACACAUGGUCGACGACAAGAUUCACGCUAGAGCAAGAGGCCCAGUGCAAGUUUUGACAAGACAACCAGUAGAAGGUAGAUCUAGAGAUGGUGGGUUGCGUUUCGGUGAGAUGGAAAGAGACUGUAUGAUUGCUCAUGGUGCUGCAGGAUUCUUGAAAGAAAGAUUGAUGGAGGCUUCUGAUGCCUUUAGAGUACAUGUAUGUGGAAUGUGUGGCUUGAUGUCUGUGAUUGCCAAUUUGAAAAAGAAUCAAUUUGAAUGUCGAUCCUGUAAGAAUAAAACCAACAUUUACCAAAUUCACAUUCCAUAUGCUGCCAAGUUAUUAUUCCAGGAAUUGAUGGCUAUGAAUAUAUCACCCAGAUUGUAUACGGAAAGAUCUGUGUCUGGUAUACGUGUUUAA